UGAUGGAUGGAUUAGGAGUGACAGCUGUAACUGCAGACUCGUUAAGUGUGUGCGUGUGUCUCUAAGCCGUUGGUAAAUUCCUCGUUUCCUCCUGGGCGUAGGAUUUCACCUGUUUAGUUCGGAGGCUCAGCGUGCUGCUGAGAGCGGACUGGGUGUCGGUUCGGGUGAAAGUGAGCAGGAACGGUGUGGGAGCCGGAACACGAUAACGAUUAAACCUGACAGAAUCGAGAUGAAGAACCCGGUGAACGUGUUGCGCUUGCCCAGAGGUCCGGACCCCAACAGCCGCGGGUUUGACCCCACCUCACCCCGGUACAUUGCGCUGUGUCCCUCGUCCAUCCCGGCGUCCACCGCGAGCAGUACUGACCUCAGGAGCAUCGAGGAAGAGCAGAGAUUACGCACAGAGCUGCGAGAACGGUUCCUCAGGACUCUUAUUGCCAUGACGGACAAACAGGUCCACUUCAGCAUGUACGAAAAAGUUCACGUGCAGGCGAAAUUCGGAGCCUCAGACAUCGACGUGCUGAACUUUCAGGUUUCUGAUCUGCAAACACCUCUGGGCGUUCAGAAGGAGGCGUUACUCCGGUGUCAGGACGUGAUCUCAUGCUCGUUUGACUUUUCCUGGAUCUCUAACACACCUCACCCAAGCAGUGGAGAACCCUGAUUACCUGGAAGGAGUGCUCUGGGAUCUGAGAGGUUCUUCAGCGGCGUCAGGAGAACCAGCUGAUUUCAGCAAGACAUUCCACUCUGAAGUGUCAUUUGGGUUCUAGAUUCUGGGUUCUCUCCAAAGAUUUUUUAUUUCUGUUCCUGAGUGGUUCGCCUGCAGCUCCGAGAUUUGCGGUGUAAAAACACUGGUGUGUGUGAGUGUGUGUGUGUGUGUGUGUUUGGAUGGUACAGGGAAUCUGCCCUGGCCAACAGGAAGUACAUUCCAGUGCGUCCUGUUUGUAGCCGUCUCUGUCUUCCUGCUGGAGCAGAACCGAGUCUGUGAUAACCUACAAUAAUACAUCAGCACCGGCACUUAAUCAAGACAGAACACACUGACCUCAGAUCAGACCACAGACACUUAAUCACGACCUGCUGCCCUGUGUGUGUGUGCGCGUGU